CAUAGAACCCGGCACCCCGAAGCCAUCCUGGUCAUGAGGCUGCGGCUGUGGGUGCUGGUGUGGCUGUGGCUGACCAGGCUGAGGGCGGGGGAAGCAGCACCCAGGCCAGCACUGGCUAAGGCGUCCACCCCACGAGCAGUGGAUCCACUCUUCGUAGACAGGCCGGACUUCUUCGACUACCCGGACUCAGACCGAGACAGCCUUCUGGCUGUGGCCCAGUUCAUCGGGGAGAAGCCUGUUGUCUUUGUUGCCUCAGAUUCCAGUUCCAGGUUCUUCCACCACAUCCUGAUGGGCGCCAUGGUGGUGGCCUUCUUGUUUCUCCUUUUCCAGUUCUGCACCCACAUGAGCUUCCAGAAAGGGGCCUAAGGAGCCGACGGAGCACCCAUGUGCACCCUUCUGCGCCCUAAUGAAUAACUGGCUUGGCCACAUUCCUUCCUUCACGACCACUCUGUGGCCAGCUGAGCCCUGUGGGCACUCAGCUCCAGGGUC